AUGAACACCGAUGAUGAGGGCAAGAGCAAGAGCAUGCAGCGUAACAACAACACAUCGCCACAGCAAGUCGUCGCCGAUCCUUUCAGGCUCCUGUUUUCGCGGGAGAUUCGUGACGAAAUAAUCGAUAUACUUGCUGCUAGCGGUCCGACUUGGAGGAAGGACCUCCAGCCGCGUACCGACGUCAAGUGUUUCUCUGAAAUCUUUACCCCAGAGCGACUCCUCCCAUAUGUGCGCGAGCUGUCAGUACUCGGAUGUCUCUCGCCCGAGGCCUGUGGUGCGGAGGGUCAUGGCUCCGGUAACAACACAGAAGGCAAACCAGACCAUGAAUGGAUAACCGCCCUCGUUCCAUCACUUUCAAGGUUCAAUCAAAUCGACAAGCUGAGUCUGCAUAACCUCAGCUGGGGCGACAUUGCUGUUUCUACGCGCCAUUUCAUUCUCACGCACUUCGCCGCUGUGCAACAUCUUGUCUUGUCCAUGAUCAAUUUUUGGAACUCGAACCAGCUGUUUCGAACCUUGAACUCAUUCCCUCAAGUCACGCGUCUCUUAUUGGAUAAUACAAUGUGGCACCUCGCAAAUCAUUCUCUCCAACAGGUGGUCAGGAAGGAGCCGCUCAAGCUACAGUGUCUUCGAUUCGGUCCCUUUUUGGCAGGGCAUUACGGGCUACUCAUACGAUGGCUCAUUGAAGAGCGGGACACAGUGAACGUGGACGAGGCGGAAAUCAAUUGGGGUGAUACUGAUAUACGCAGUUUGGUAGAUUUGAUGAGGGCGAUCGCACCUUCACUGAAGGUGCUGAAAUACCAACAACAGUUCGAAAGUGUCGGCUCCGACCACUGGGUGUUCCGUGUCUACGGCAACGAAGAAACUGACGACUCGGACGAUGACCAGGCUAGCGUCCCUGAUGCCGACGAUCCCAAUGACUGGUAUGGUAUUCAAGCUAGCGACUCUGGUGGUGACGAGGACGCCGGCGAGUUCGAUGAUCGGGGCGCCACCAAGUUUAACGAACAAAAUGGGUCGGAAGGCCCGGAAGAAGAUGUCGCUGACGAUGCCAACAAUCACAACGCACCCUCCAAGAGUCUCGAGGAUGACGAGCCCACGGAUCCGCGAGCCGUCUGGCAGUCAAGUGUCGAAGUCUUCCCCUGCAUACAUGAAGAGGAAGCGAACAGAAUAGGCUCUCAGCUGCUAGAAGAGGUCCCCAUUCAGGACAGCGCUCUCGCCAUAAUACAGGGGCGCAUCGUCUGGUCUACGUUGGGCACGUUCGGGAUAAAACUACUGUCUCAAUUGCUCUCGCCUCACACACGGCGCUUCACGCUCUCGCUCGCCCUCAGGAAGGACGUACGAUGGGGUCAGGAUCAAGCCGACUGGGGCACGAUCGACGCUCUGCUGGACAGCCUUGCACCGGCUCACAACGGAUGCCUGUUUGACUUGAACAUCAAAGGUCAUCUACGGAUUGCCAUCUCGCACAAGCUACCGAGACUGCAUGAACGCAAGGUGUGGAUUAUCAGAUACUGGCAGGAUGGCGAACUACUCUCGACCUGA